AAGGGGCACCACACCGGGCCGGUAAGGGACCCCACACCGGGAAUAACACCGGGCCGGUUGCCGAGGAGCCCUGAGCCGCUCUUCCUGGUCCCUGCUCCCCCAGGUUGGUGAUGGCGAUGAGGCAAACUCCACUGACCUGCAGCGGCCACACCAGGCCCGUGGUCGACUUGGCUUUCAGCGGGAUCACACCUUACGGUUACUUCCUAAUCAGCGCCUGUAAAGAUGGCAAGCCCAUGAUGCGCCAAGGUGACACAGGGGACUGGAUUGGGACGUUUCUGGGUCACAAAGGUGCUGUCUGGGGAGCCACAUUAAAUAAAGAGGCCAAUAGGGCAGCAACCGCAGCAGCAGAUUUUUCAGCCAAGGUGUGGGAUGCUGUGACAGGUGAUGAAAUGAUCACCUUAGCCCACAAGCACAUUGUCAAAACUGUGGACUUCACGGAGGAUAGCAACAACUUAUUGACUGGUGGGCAAGACAAAGUUUUGCGUAUUUAUGAUUUGAACAAACCUGAAUCAGAGCCUCUCGAGAUCAGUGGUCAUAGUUCUGGUAUUAAGAAAGCGCUGUGGUGUAAUGGAGACAGGCAGAUAAUUUCAGCAGCUGAUGACAAGACUGUAAGGCUCUGGGACAGGUCCAGUAUGAUUGAAGUGCAAACUAUUCAUGUUGGGUCAUCUGUAAGCAGUGUUGAGUAUAUACCUGAUGGAGAGAUUCUGGUUUUAACUUAUGGAAAAACUAUUGCUUUUUACAAUGCACUAAGUCUUGAGUUGAUCAAAUCUUUUGACGCACCAGCAUCAAUCAACUCUGCUUCUCUUCACCCUGAGAAAGACGUUUUUGUUGCAGGAGGUGAUGAUUUCAAACUAUACAAGUUUGAUUAUAAUACAGGCGAGGAUUUAGAGUCAUACAAAGGUCACUUUGGCCCAGUCCACUGUGUGAGAUUUAGUCCUGAUGGAGAAUUAUAUGCAAGUGGUUCUGAAGAUGGAACUCUUCGUCUUUGGCAGACAACUGUUGGCAAAACAUAUGGGUUAUGGAAAUGUGUGCUCCCUGAGGAGCUUGGAUCUGAAAACUCUGAUUCAAUCUAUGGCACUCCUCCAGAGGUAAAAGCUUGAGAUGCCAACAUGAGAAAAACAAACAAGCAACAAUAUGUGAUGAACUGAACAAAAAGGGAAGCCUUCAGUUUUAUAUGGUUAUGAAAAUGCAGACCUGAUAAAUGGAACCAUAUCAUUCAUUCAAAAACUUUAACUGUCUAGAAGACAACCACCUGGUGUCUGCAAGGAAGGAAAGUUGUAGACCUAUGUAUGUUCAUUGCAGCUGCCUCCCAUCAUGUAGUGGUUUAAUUGGGCCUGACUAGUAACACCUGUAUAUAUUGUAUCUUGACAGAAGUUUCUCAUUGAGGAAGUGUGGUCAAGUUACAGCUAUGACAUAAUGGAUUCAAGUCUGUUUCUGUUAGAAAAUAAUCCAUUUUUUUUCUUUUCCACCCAUUAGUUCAAUGCUACGUUUAUGCUUUAAAAUAAAACCUUAUUCAACA